AUGAAUCCGCCCCAACAGAGAGGAGACGAGUCGGUUUCUCGGCGCCGAGAUAUUUCGACUGAGGUUGUUGAAUGCAACCACGAGGCUCAUGUGAGGCCUCGAACUGGUCCGCGCCUACCAUCAGAUCCCGAGGGCCCCAGACGAUAUCGCAAAGACGCCCGUAAUCACACCAUUUGGCUCACAUCACCCGACUUUCCCUAUAUCUGUUCAUCUUUUGUCGGUGCUAAUCCUUUUCAUUCAAGCCGAAACUUCUCUCUUCUGACAACUACGACAAAUGAUACUCCACCCGAUGAACUGCAAGAAUAA